UCUGUGAUUUACUAUCGACAGCGACGCACGCGUUUAAUUUCUUAGCCAUGAAGGUCGUUUUACUCUCGCUUCUGUCGAUUGGAGUCGUUUGCGGGAACUAUGAAGAUUUAAGAGUUAUCGACUCAAUAGUCAUGGAGCAGCCGUGUACACGCGAAGGUGGCAGCUGCGUUAUAGCAGCAGACUGUCCGGAGGGGUUACUGGCCAACACUCGAGGACUGUGCCCCAAGCAGCAAGAAAGAGGCAUCGAAUGUUGCUAUGGAAUUUCGAUAAAGGAAACUCGCUGCGAGAAACAUGGUGGAAGCUGUAUGCCAAAGGACAAGUUUUGCAACCCACGUAUCAUCCACGAGGCCACUGACUGUCCUAAAGACACGAAAUGUUGUAUCAUGGUUUAAGACUAUAUUAAUUAGGUAUAAAAUAAAGUACAAGUACGUACACCACGAUUAA